CUGCGCACUUGGCAGCGACGCUCAGAAGAGUGAGGUGUGUGUAACCAAGAGCUAAAAUUGGUUUCGUCAUGAGGAAAAGUGAAGGAGCAAGCCGUUGCGAUCUGUUCUCCUGUCUUGUUUGAAGGAACACAGGGCUCAUCCUUCCUUAUCAGAGAAGACAAUUGAAGAAUACUACUAUUCGGAACACUUUUUUUGCGCCAAGAAACUCAAUAAUUUUACCCUUUUUUCUCUCGAAAGGGAACAUGGUCGAUUGAAAAUUAAUAAGACAUCCAGCAAAAAAAGAAAAGAAACAAUAUUUAAAUCGCACUUAACAUUUUUCCAAUAGGAAUGGAUUCGCUCAUCACUUCCACUGACUUUCAAAGUAACUGGACAAACAACUCCAUCGCACAGAAUGAAACCGAGAUAUACUGGAACCAGUUUGUGCAGCCGGUUUGGAGGAUAGUGCUCUGGGCAGUGGCUUACAGCACAAUUGUCAUUGUCUCCGUGGUGGGCAAUAUUACGGUAAUAUGGAUCAUUUUGGCGCACAAACGAAUGAGAACCGUGACGAACUAUUUCCUUGUGAACUUGGCGUUCGCUGAAGCGUCAAUGUCCGCAUUCAACACCGUUAUAAACUUUGUUUACUCCGUGCACAACGAGUGGUAUUUCGGACUUUAUUACUGCCGAUUCCACAACUUCUUUCCUAUAGCCGCCGUCUUCGCUUCUAUAUAUUCAAUGACCGCGAUUGCGCUCGACAGAUAUAUGGCCAUCAUUCAUCCCCUGCAGCAGAGGAUGUCUGCAACACAGACGAAAGUGGUCAUUGGGGUCAUCUGGGUUCUGGCACUUCUGCUGGCCUUCCCCCAGUAUUACUACUCCGACACGGACCAGCUGCCGGGCAGGGUGGUCUGCUACAUCGACUGGCCUGAGUACACUCUCCUGGACUUCAAAAAGAUGUACUUUGUGUGUGUGGCAGUGCUGAUUUACUUCCUCCCUCUCCUGGUGAUGGGCUGUGCUUACCUGGUGGUGGGUUUGACUCUGUGGGCCAGUGAGAUCCCAGGAGAUUCAUCCGACCGUUACCAAGAGCAGCUGACAGCCAAACGCAAGGUGGUGAAGAUGAUGAUUGUGGUGGUAUGUACGUUCGCUGUUUGCUGGCUCCCCUAUCAUGUCUAUUUCCUGAUUCACCAGUUCUACCCGCACCUGUUUGAGCAGCCCUUCAUUCAGCAAGUCUAUCUGACUAUCAUGUGGCUGGCAAUGAGCUCCACUAUGUACAAUCCCAUUAUCUACUGCUGCCUCAAUGACAGGUUCCGUGCCGGAUUUAAGCAAGCAUUCCGCUGCUGUCCGUGCGUCCCUGAGGGAUCCUACGAGGGUCUAGAGCUCAAGUCCACCCGGUACCUUCAAACCCAGACCAGUUUGUACAGAGCCAGUCGAAUGGAGACCACUGUGUCCUGUGUGAUGCAGCCGUGUGAAGAUGGCCACAAGGUUACCUUUGGGAGCAUCAGAGGGGCUGCUGGGAGGCCGGCAGCUCACAGCCCUUCCAAGGAGUUCACGUCCAAUGGCUCAUCCUCUCGCAGUAUUUCCAAGACCGUGUCGGAGACCUCCAGCUUUUACUCCAGUAAUAACCUACAGGAAUAAGAGUGCAGAAACACAAGAGCAGGACGAAUAUCACCAUCUUUUGUGGAGAUGUAAUCGUUUGGUGAAUCCUCUUAAAUUCUCCCCCCAGUAUAAAUCUUGAGGAUUACCUUGAGUGUGUGCAGAUGUGUUUUAGCUGGUUGAGGACACACACAGCAAGUGUUUUUCAUUUCAAAUGACCCACCAUCUUUCAUUCUUGUCACAUUCUUUUUAUGAGGUUUAAUUAUGAUUAGAGGAAUAUUUACAUUGAUUUUUUUGGCAAAUGCUUUUUUACCAAAGUUAUGUAAUUGACAUAUUGCAUUGUGCUGACUUAAAUGAGAGCCUGAUUUAUUGAUCCUGCAAUCACUGAAGACAUUUUAAAAGUUUACAUUAAUGGACAUGUGAUGCAGUGGAACAAUGAGUCAUUAUACUGUAUAUAUUGAAUAUGGCCACUUAUAUUGGUCUCUACUAUAACAGGAACAGGAAUAAGUUAAGAAACAUAUCCCUCUUAAUUGUCCAAGAUGGCCCACCUUGCUCAAAUUAUAUAUGAGCACAUCAUGUUUCUUCAGUGGCUUAUCUUCAGUUGGGGAGAUUAUUUGAGACCUCACAUAUUUUCUCUGCAAGCACAUCCUUCCUUAAAAAGCUCUAAACUAGCUGAGACUGAAACACACACACACACACGCACACACACGGGGCAGAGAUUAUAUUACUGAAAAUGCCACGGUGGCUUCAUGGUCAGUUAGAGCAACAAUGAUCUAGCCUGUGAAAUGAACAUGAACCAUGUCAGUUGUCAAUAUCAACACCUCCACAGGCAAAUUAAAUGACUUUUCAAGGUAUGCCUAGAAACACAAAUGCAUGGUGGUGAAAGCUCUGAAUGCCAUUCUGAUUCUGUGCUGCUCUGAAGAAUAGAUCAGGGGGAAAAUGUGAUGUGCAGAGAAUUUUUGUAGGCUACUAGGGAUUUUUUUUCUGACUGACUCUUUUUCUUUUCUCUCUCUCCCCGUCUGCUUACCUUCAUUUCUUUUUUUAUUAUUUGUUCUUUUCGUAAUUGACCCUUCACUAAGCUCCGCCUCUUGGUUACUGUUGCCACCUUGGUUAAUACUGUUGCUGUUGUAGACAAGCAGAAAAAUGAAAAAUGAAUUGGAGAUAAGCAGCGUGAUUAAAAUGUUCUCAUAAAGUGAUUUUAAAAAAUGAUUAGAUUUUAUUUUUUACGUAGGCUGAAAUCAAUUUUGACAUCACAAAUCAUAUUUUAUGGCAUAUUUAAAUUACGCACUGAUAAACUGAAGAGAAUAGAGGUAAACACUUCUCAGUCAGCUGAAAGCAAAAAAAAAUAAUAAUUAUUGAAAACAUUAAAAGAAAUGUUCCUAAUGUUAAAGAAGCAUUCUUUCAUUUAAAAUCGAACAAUGGACUGCAUUUCCUAAAAGCAUCAUAAUCCUAACACGAUGCUUUUGGGAAAUGCAGCCCUAAAUGAUUAAAACAGUCACAUAAUACUCAAAAAACCCUCAAUGGUCGCCACCUGCUGGUGCAUUAAUGUAAAGAACUUAAAAACUCACCAAAUUAAGAAAUGAAUGAAGCAGCAUUUGUUUUAUACAAAAUUUGAAUUGCCAUGGAACACGCAGCAUUAUUCAAUGUGUUGACGUAAUUUCAACUGAAACAGGAAGACAGGGUGGGACAUCAGAGAUUGUAUAUUGGCCCUGUCCCAAAUGGCACACUAAACCCUCUGAGGUCUUCCUCUGAGUCCGCACUUUCACGACGUAAUGCCGCUUUGACUGCCGGGUAAAGUCCUCUGCGUAGCUCGCAGUCUUGCGGGCUCAGCUGAAGUGCGCAUCGAGGGCGCAUAGCAGCCGCAAAGGGGGCGCUCACGAGCACCCUUCUUUAAGCUUAAAUGACGAAUGGGACACCCUACGGUCUUGUGGACUUAACGGUCACGUGCACGCAGCGGCCAUUGUAAGUCCACAAGACCGAAAGUGCACAUGAAGUGUGCCAUUUGGGACAGGGCCAUCAUAGGGAGAUGAGAGGGUCAGUAUCUCUUACCAUUGGAGAAAGUGUAACGGCUAACUUAAUCACGUGCGGCAUCUCUCAGCCUAUUGUGUAAUGGCAGUGACAUCAGUGCCCGCCGUUCAAAACUCCUUCCCUGCGUCCCAACGAAAGUACUGUUCAGUGUAAAACAUGCUGAAGAUUAGCAAACAGGCUGUUGAUUAAUUAAAUGAUUUCCCCACAAAAGCUGUUUAAUCAGCAUAGUGAAGCCUCUCAUCCAUUGAAAAACGGCCCCUGGUCUCCUUCCCUGCUUACCGCCAGGGGCGGAGCAUUAGCAUUAGCCGUUACGCUUUUUUGGCUAAAAGUUGCAGGCUUGCCUUCCGGUCAGAGAUCAUAUUAUUAUAGGGAGAUAAGAGGGUCUGUAUCUCUUACCAUUGGAGAAAGCGUAACGGCUAACUUAAUCACGUGCGGCCCUUCUCAGCCUAUCGUGUCGUAUCGUUCAAAACUCCUCCCUGCGUACUGCCUGUACCGCCAGUUAGCAUUAGCCGUUACGCUUUUUUGGCUAAAGGUUGCAGGCUUGCCUUCCAGUGGCUUUGGGGACAUGUAGAACAGCUCCGCCCCUCUUUUAAAAUAAUAGCGUUUCGUUUAUAUCACAGCUCGGCCAGAGCCGUUAAACUCGGUAAAACCUCAGUUUCCUUCUAAUCUCUAACUGUUUCUCCUCUAUAACACUUUAAAAUACAGCAUUCUGUGCAGAAUUCAAAUGGGUCCGAUACCUUUUGUGGUCUGAGCCGACUCGCGUUCCGCGGAUAUGAUUCACUCUGUGCUCUUGUGUCUCUGGACCAGAGCAGACUGUGCUCGCGCUGCAGCGGUUCACGUGACACUAACGCGAAAACGGACUUCACUCGCAUCAAUGGAAGGCAUAGUUGUCUGAAUAGUUCCUUAUUCUCUAUAUAGUGCACUAUGUGCCAUUUACAAUGUAGAAACUAGUAAAUGUGUGAACAAAUGACCUAUUUCAGCCACAGCUUCAGCGUCUGUUUAGUGUAGGAGGGGGCGGGACUUCAGAUUCUAGAGAGCAUUUGAUUGGACAGAACAUCUGACUAGAAGCUGAAGUGCUAUGUGAUGUCAUGAAAAUCCGUGAUUCAUUUUAGCGGAAGUGAGAGACAGUAAGUUUUGAAUGCUUAUAUCUCCUAAAUGCGAAUUUCACGACUUACUAAUUCGUUCUCCCGAUGUGCUAAAUUGAUUUUGCUGCCUGCGAUUUAGCCUACUAUUUUUUUCCUUCAUGUCAUGUGCAGGGCUCCGUAGACCACCAACUGCAAGUUUCAGAUGCCAUCUUUAUUUUUUAGCUCAACUGUCACAGAAUGGAAAGCACAGGAUUGUGGGAUAUCAAAGGCAGCAUAGGAUACAUCUAUGCUGCCUUCAAAAAUCGAUCAGAUGAAGGUAUCUCAGGAAACAAGAAGUGAAGCUAACAUUGGAUUCGGACAUGCCUUGAUGCCUUCCUACCUUGGAAUGCGUCCUCCGAAGGCAUUUUUCAGUUUUCAGAUCCACCUACAUUUGCUGAGGUACGAUUGGUCAGUAACAUAUUUGUAAGGUGGGGCUUAGCGAAGUGCCAAUUCUGUAGUUAUUCUAGAGUCUAUUGUACAAGCAUUCAUGUGCACAUAUCUCUCUCACACUAGACAAGGCCAAAGUAAAAUUAGCUCUUCAGGCACCUCCCUGGAUACAGUCAUAGCAAUAUGAUACUGAGGUACACAGGAUUAUGGGACAAAAGCAGUGAGGGGGUUAUAAAAGUUACGCAAAGGAUGUGGGAUGGGGGGUUGAAAGAACACCUGCUGCUGUUCUUGACCAGGAUUGUGACAGUGCUGUCUGUUUUCCAAAAUGAGCAAGCAUGAUUGUGAGGCUGAGCUAAGCUUUAUUGUUCACACAGUGGCAGAAGGCUUGUUAUGGUGCAAUAUGUUCAGAAUAUUUCUGAACACAUUGCAAUGUAAAUGUCUGUGAUCUGAAUGUGCAUGACUGUUUGGCAGGUGCUAACAGCUCAUUCCAGGAAUAAAUGAGCCACGCUCUGUUCCUGAUCUACAUUUUUUUUUUUUUUUUUAGAAAUUCAGAACCAUCAGUGAUGCUUUUGCACAGUCACAUCUGCCUUCACACUAUAUAUAUAGUGUGCCAAGCCUAAAUUGGCAAACUAUUUAGUAGACUUUUAAUGGUCUUAACAAUUUUAAUCACAAAUCACUGGUCAGGAAAUUCGCAAGAAUUGCACAAAUACUGUAGAUAAAGUAACUUAGCAUGGCAUAGCCUUCCCCUUUGUUUUCUUUAAAUGUUUGAGCCAUGUGGGUAAAUUUGCAGACAGCUUUUUACAAAAAGAAGAGUCAGUGUGGAUCCACUCACUGUUAAAGGCUUCAAACAGUUCAUGUGUAGGUAGUUGAAAAAUGUCUCCCAGCUCGUUUGAGUUUAACGUGAGACCAAAUAUUCACUAUAAGGUUCAAAUCUCUGACCAGGCCAAAACAUGAGCCUGAUGGACUUGUUCUCAAGCCACUUCUUGGUUGUCUUUGCUAUUUGGGCAGGAGCAUUGUCUCGUUGAAAAAUCAUUCCUGAUCAUUCCUCUUUGGAUAAUACCUUUUCAUUUGUAGGAAGCAAGCCAUUCUGCAAUAUUCUCCUGUACUCCAAAGCAUUAAAUGACUUUUCACAAUGAAGUAACUCACCAAUACCAGCUGCUAAAAAGGCUCCCCACACAAUGACACCUCUUCCUCCAUGCUUCACUGUGGUAGAGAUGCAUUUAUUAUUAUAUUUCUCAGCAGAUUUUUGAAGACGCAGUUCUGGAGCAUCACCAUGCAACUCGUGUUCUUUUGUGAUUCAUCACUCCACACAUAACUUCCCAUAUUCUGACAAAAACUCAUUCUGUCUUUGAUGUUUUUCUGAGACGGAAAUUGCUUUUUAAGUAGUGCAUUUGCUUAAAUUUUGCUAAUUUCCUGACCAAUAAGUUAAUUAUAUAUAUACUGUAUAUACAGCUCUGGAAAAAAAUUAAGACCACUGCAAAAUUAGCAGUUUAUCUGGAUUUAUUACUUAUAUAUAUCUGUUUGAGUAAAAUGAACAUUUUUUAUUUAUUCUACAAACUAGUGACAACAUUUUUUCCAAAUUUCAAAUAAAAAUAUUGUCAUUUAGAGCAUUUAUUUGCAGAAAAUAACAACUGAUCAAAAUAACAGAAAAAGAUGCCAUGCUUUCAUACCUCGAAUAAUGCAAAGAAAAACAAGUUUAUAUUCAUUUUUAAACAACACAAUACUAAUGUUUUAACUUAGGCAGAGUUCGGAAAUUAAUAUUUGAUGGAAUAACCCUUAUUUCCAAUCACAGCUUUCAUGCGUCUUGGCAUGCUCCCUAUCAGUCGGUCACAUUGCUGUUGGGCGACUUUAUGCCACUCCUGACGAAAUAAUUCAAGUAGCUAAGAUGAACAUUAAGACAUAUAGGUGAUCACAUUAAAAAAAAAAAAAAAAGAGAAAAGAGCAAUGCAAAUUUUGUUUGGGGUUUUGUGGCACCUCAGUGGACCGUAUUUAUCUGUGUGUGUGAGCACAGGAGGAUUUGCUCUCAUCAGCUCUAUCUCUCUAUAAUCAGAGUAAUUACCCAAGAGAAGAGAACACAGAGGGGAGGACAACAGCUGUGUAUGAAAGCAUUCACACACUACUCAUCCACCCUCCAGCAUUCCUCACAUCCCUCCCAAGGCCUUUCUGCAUGGCUGCUUAAUUUCACUCAAAGUUAUUAUUCGUGUCCGUACGUAAACAUAGUGAGUGUGAGUGAGUGUGUGUGCGUUUACCUCUACAUGAGUCCAGCUGGUAUAGUUCAUCAGUUAUUCAGAAAGAAAGACAUGCUUUGAUUUCCAUCCAGCACAGGAGGCCUGUGCUGCUGGUUUCGCUAACUUGAAAUGUCCUAAAAGACUCUGAUCACAGGAAUUCUUGGCAACACUUUCAUUAGUUACAUUAAAGGGGUCACGACAAGUCUUUUUUUAUGUCAUUUUUUUGUUUCCUGCACCAAGAACAGUCGUAAUUUAGUUUUUAUGAUCAUUUUCCACUUUCUUUCAGACUUUUUGAAUAUAUCAAGCUGUUUCGCUGUUGUACCUUUAGGUUUUCUGUGUAUACUUUCUCUUUCUUUGUGAAAAGAGUAAGCGCUUACUCAUGUGUUGGGGAUUUGUUGUCUAAUAGAGUUGGCGCUGAUCCAUCUUUCACAAACACUCUCUUUGCAAAGCCUGAGGUACAAUGUGACAGGUUCACAAAACAACAUCUGCGUGCUUAUAGUUAAGGUCAGACUGAAAUGAUCAGAGACCUUAGUACAUAAAAACUUCAACUCCUUCUGAAGGCCAUGGUACCACAGUUGUCACCCCACAUAUUUGAUCAAUUAUCAUUUGUUUUUUUAUGUUUUCACAUCAAACUUUUUUUAAUUGUUUAGAUCAAAGACUAUUUGACCCCUUAAAGGGAUAGUUCACCCAAAAAUUCUUUCAUCAUUUACUCACCCUGAAGUUGUUCCAAAUCUGUAUAAAUUUCUUUGUUCUGUUGAACACAAAGGAAGAUAUUUUAAAGAUAGUUCCAGGCCAAUUUGGGGCACCAUUGACUUCCAUAGUAGGAAAAAAAACUACUAUGGAAGUCAAUGGUGCCCCAAAACUGUUCAGUUUAACACAUUCUUCAAAAUAUCUUCCUUUGUGUUCAACAAAACAAAGAAAAUUAUACAGAUUUUGAACAACAGGGUGAAUAAAUGAUGAUAGAAUUUUCAUUUUUGGGUGAAGUAUCCCUUUAACCACACAUUAUUAUAUUACAAAAUGGUGUAUAGAUCAUUAUUUUAUGUAUAUUCAAUUAGUUAAAAAUGUAAUUCAACUUUGAUUCAUAUAUUUUCAUAUGUAUAUCUGAAAGUACAUCAACAACCAAUCUGUUAAGAAUAUAAGUGUUAAUGACUUAUUAAUGACUUUACAUUGCCUGUUAAUGAGUUUACCAAGCUAAAUAGUAUUAUGUAAAUAUUUCUUAAAUGCUUUUGGCAGUGGUUUCCAAAAUAUGUGUUUGUAAUGUAUUUAGUUCAUUAUAGACUGAACAUGCAUCAACAAUAUGAACAAUCAUAUAUGGCUAAACUGAACUUUCAGAACCAAUAGGCCAAGUUGUAACUAAAAUAAUGGCCAUCCACUUUUGCUUUCAGUGUUGUGCUGGGUUGCUCUCAUUUUAUGCUUUUGUAAAGGAUUUUGUAUGCUUCUGCUUUGUCUAAUAUAUCUGUAUUCAGACAUGUGUGUGCUUUAAAGGGAAGAGUUUGAACAUCUCUGUUUGGCAUUAAAGUCGUGAAGCAAAUCAAGCAGGUUCAGCUAGUUAGGGUAGAUCAUGUUAAUCGUUUGUGACACACAAAAUGAGCCACUGAAGUUAUUAAGCAGAGAGAAAGACAAAAGUCUGUGUCUCACAGUAGGGUAGAGCUAUCAAUGUCUCGUUGAAAUUCAGCUCAGUUUGUCUGGUCAGAUGUUGAGUUGUGCCCUCGUCUUCAGAGCAGGGUUGAUCUUUGUUGCUCUUACGAAAGCUGUCAUAAAGAGUUAAUCUGUUAAGUCAAUCUGUUCUUGCCGCCCUCUUUUUUAAAGAAAGUUUUCGAGACUUGUGACGAAUAUCAAUAGAAUUCAUUGUUGUAUAUUUAGUGCUUUAGUUGACUUUGACUUUUGGCAUUUACAGCUUAAAUUAUUCAUUUUAAAUAUAAAUUUGCUAUUAUAUUUUUUAUAUAUGUUGUUUAUAUUUUUAGGGACGCAAUCUUAUUUUCACCUUUAAAAACACUAAUAGUUUAAUAACACUGUUAAAUGUAGUCUUUACAAAGCCUCAAAAUGAAUACUAUGUUGUGACACCUAAAUUCACUUAGCAUUUAAAACCAUGGAUUUAGGGUUUUUUGUGUUUUGUUUUAAAUUAAGACAAAAAAGUAUUUCAUUUUAAUGUCUGCCAUUCAGCCAUAUAGCAUGACAAUAUUAUUGGCUAAUCUGUAUUAGAAUAAUAUCAGCGCAUCCCUACUAAUUUCAUGCAUUAAGCUAAGAACUUAAAUUAUGAGGGAUGACAGAAAUGAAAUGAGAUUGACUAAAAACUCGUUUUAGCAUGAAAACUAACGAGAUCUGAGAAAACCAAAAAAACUAAUUUAAUGGCUCAGACUUGAUAAACAGGUAAAAAUCUACUGAAUAAAACAAUCAAUGGACCAAAUCAUUGAGUAAAUGAGCAGGAGAGAUAAAAUGGAGGCAGGGAUCACUUGGGGCUUGACAAAGAUUGGGACUUUACAAAAUCUAGUUAUGGCUGUCUUCCACCGCUCAUGGAAGCCAAAGAGUUAUUUAUUUUUCCUUUUGCUUUUUAAUUCAAGAGCAGCUUUUCUCUGAGGAAAGGAAAAAGUACAGAGGGUAUGAUCGACAGCUAGACCUCACGAUGAUUCAAUAGGAUUUCCUGCUAAUACUAAUGAACUCAGAGUUCAGAGGAUCUUGAAGCCAGUCAGAGGCUGUAUAUGAGGAGUUAUUUUCUACAGUUCAGUGAGGUUGCCACUUCAAGGAUGGUUCUGAAUUAUAAGAGUGUUUACAUUUCUUUUACCUGAUCCUUUUGUGGAAUAGCAAGAGAGGAGAUGGUGGUCUUCUCUUCCACCAGAGUUUUGGUAGUCAGUGCUUCUAUCCAGCUCUCACAGCCUUGUAGAUGCUAAAUAAGCAAAAUAUAAUUUUUAAAGCUAAGCAGAAUGAUUACAGGCAUGUUAAAAUCUCCCAAGAUAGGAAAAAAACAUGCCAGUCUCAUUUUAAGUGACAUUUUCUCUUAGAAAGAAAAAAUUUGUACAUUGGUUCUUAAAAUAGGAGACCUCUGUGGUAAAAAAUCAUUAAAUCAUUUGUGAAUUCAAACUUUCAAAUCAGUGCCUGAAUGCAAAUUCUUGUCUUUCUAAAGCCUGUCUUCAUAGUUAAUAAAUGUGUAGUUAUUCAAUUUCAAAAGAUGUUACAGUUUCAUCACUGAACAAUAAUGUUAUUAUUUCCCUCAAUGUGCCAUUGUAAAAUGUUUGUAUUGGAAAACCAGUCGCUUAUGUCCCUUUAAGUUGUUUAUAGCUGAGUCAAGCAGAAAUGCUAUUAUAAGUCAAAACAUAUAUAUGUUACCUGCAUUUAAAAAAUAAACAAUAAAUGUUAUAAAUUGUUUUAAAUCAAA